UUUUUUUUUCGCAUUUUAUAGUCAAGAACGUACAAAUACUAUUCAAUAUGUUCUCUAUCAACGUGAACAAAUCGAACAAUUAAUUGAUGAAAAACAAUUGUUAAAUCAGCAAAUUGAAUCACUUAAUAAAACAAAUCAAUCUGAACAAGAAAAUUCCAAACAUAUAAAAGAAAAAUAUACCGAAUUCGAAAUAAAAUAUAAUGAUUUAUUUAAAAAAUACACGCAAACAAAUCAUGAUAAUGAUACAUUACGUUCACGUUUAAAAAAUCUUCAACAAAAAUUUGAUUGUUUAAAUACAGAAUAUAAUACAAUAAUUGAACAAAAUCGUCAAUAUGAACAAAAUCAAUUUAAUGAUAAAACUCAUUAUAAUGAUGAAAUUAAACGUUUAAAACAUAAUUAUGAACAAGAAAAAAAUCAAAAAAAUCAAAAAGAUAAAAUUAUUGAACAAUUAAAUGACAAAAUUCUUUCCGAACAAAAUCAUAAUGAAAAAACUCAACAAGAAUUAAUACAAUUAAAACAAGAUUUAAAAACUAUACAUUCAAAAUAUGAUUUAUUACAAGUUGAAUUACUUCAAUUACGUGAAACAAAAACGAAUGAACCAAUUAUUAUUGCUGAAUCAUCAUCGUCAUCAUCACAUCCAAUAACAACAACAACAACAACAACGCGUUUAUUACGAUCGAAAAGAAGUGCUCAUGAAGAGGAUACACAAGAUAACAAGAAAGCUAAACAUGGAACACCUGAUCGAUCUGCAGGCAAUAGUGGUCUUACUAAUAAACCGAGUACUAGAAAAGUACCAUCAAAGGCUCAUACCGAAGAUGAACGAAAACCAACACCACCUAUUCUUGUUAAAGAUGCUAAAACAAAGAGUGCUUCAAUAUUAAAAAAACGACCAUUAGCAACAUCAAAUAGUGCUGAUUCUCCGAUAGUAACAGCUCAAUUAGCUACUCAACCAACAUCAUCACCUAUUAAUCUUCAACCACCUCCAUCAAUUCAAAAUACAAUGAGUCCAAAACCAUCUGCUAUUCAACGUAUUCAAUCAUUCUUUCGACAUACGCCGCCGUCAGCAUCCAAUCGUAUAAUUAAUCAUUUAAAAACAAAUUCAGCAGGCAUGGCAUGUGCUCCAUCAUCAUCACUCGUACCAGCUAGUCCUAUUGCUGUUCUACAAAAAUCUUCAUUAGCUAUGAGAAAACAAACACCUAAACGACGAUAUAAACUACGUAAUCGUGUUAAUUCAAAUCAAUAA